UUAUUCUACUUCUUGAAUUCGUAUCGGCAACAGCAAUCACAUUAGCUUCCACCUUAUCUCCUCCAUAUCAAUAAAAUGAAACUCAUUUGCAUUUCAUUUGUCUUGGCUGUAUGCUCUGCUGUCAGUGCCGGUCUAAUUGGUCAUCCGGCGGUGGAAAUUCACGCCGACAGUCCUCCCCACUAUGAGUUCCAGUAUGCUGUGCACGAUGCCCACACCGGAGACAUAAAAGAUCAGUUUGAACAUCGCCGUGGUGAAUAUGUAACCGGACGAUAUUCCCUUGUAGAGCCCGAUGGUCAGCGUCGCAUUGUGGACUAUAGCUCUGAUCCCCUGCUUGGAUUCUCGGCCCAUGUGCGUCGAGAAUUGGCCGGAAUUCACGCCUCUGCACCCGUCGUCGAAGAUUGGCCUGCACCUGCUCAUCGUCGCUAGAUUCGUUGCUGUGGAAGACCCGCCAUUGCUAUCACAGCAUCAUCAUGAUUAGAUGUUUACAAUACUCUCGACAAAAUCAAAUCUUUGAACUUUAACAAUAAAAUCUUUAUUUACAUUCCACACAUACUACACAAAUAA